GAGUUCUGCCAACAACACUCACCACCAAUCAGUAUAUAACGACUUCAACAAAUCCGCAUGUUUCCCUUCCCUCCAUUUUUAACUUCGGCCUUGUCGGUUCGAUCUUCUCCUUGUCACGUCUUUGACUUGUUGCGUAAUUUUCCGCAUUUUUAGUGUAUUAGCUCUCCUUUAUUAAUGCUUUGUAACAAAUGCAGUUAGUUCAACAUUCAACUCUCCGAGCAGGGUGGGAUGUGGGCCCAGUUCCACUUAUACUUGGUAAUCGUGCAUCGAGGAGUGUCACUUGUUUGCAAGGCAUGCGUCUUCACUCACGCCACUCGAUUUUUAACAGCGAUUCAGCCCUAUCGCAGCGCCACCAUCAGAUCAGUCACUCAGAGUUCAGUGACACAACCUGCAGGCAACGGACACCAGCGCUGUGAUUCCCAACAUUACGCCACGCAUCGUGAUGCACUGCAGCAACCAACGCUCCAAGUAAUCAUACUGGCAUCCAUACCAGUGCCCAUCCGGCACACUUGUGAAUGCCCUUCGACCACUGGAUAUUCAAGGAGUACCGGAGCUUUUGACGACUCACUCGCUCCACUCCACCUCGUGUACUUCAUCGCACCAAACUCCAUUCUUCUGUAACUUUCGCUGCCUUUGUCCUGCUCCGAUGACUCGAGGCCUGUUUUAUAUCACGGUCGUCGGCCACUCGCGGUUGUGCAAUGUGCGCCCUUGUAUAAGACAUUAUUGUACUCAUUAAUGUGUUGUGCGCUAGGAUAUAAAUAAUACAACGUCCGAAACAGCAAUAGAAAGCGCCACGCCAAGUAACGAAGAAAGACAGUAGCACGGGGUGGUGGAGGAGGAGAGCCGGCGUGCGGCCUGCGAGAGAUUGUUGCAGUGCUUCACUUUAAAUAUCAUUCUCACCUGUUCACCGGUUUACUGAUGGGGCAGUGAGGGUUGAAAAUUAUAUACUGCUCGGUGAUGGCUGCAACAUGAACUUAGAACAUGUUGAGCAGAGUCUGGGGUCUUUUCAUGGUGAAUGAUGUGACGGUGUCCGGACUUUGUUUGCUCAGGGACCAGGGUUGAAGUUGUUCCAAGGAACUGAGAAAGAUCCGAAUGAUAAUAGG